GGAUAAUAUGAAGCGAGUGUCGAGAGCGUGUCUUCAUUGUAGACAGCGCAAGUCAAAAUGUGAUUUGUACGUUCUUCUUUCUUUCUUUCUUUAAUAUUUCUUUUUGGGAUACCAUAUUCCAUGUGCAUACAGAUUUCAUUGCUGAUAAAACACAGAGAUAGCAGUGGCAGCCCGGGAGUACCACCAUGUCAGCGGUGUAUUCGAGAUCAUCGCGAGUGUGUUUUGGGUGGUUCGAACAGAGGUGGUCGUCGCAUUCGCAAAAAUAAACUGAAAAACAUCACACCCGGCGUGAAUAUCGCAACCCCGAAAAAUUCCGAGUUGGAUGCAACCAGUCCGCCCGAUUCAGAGAACCGCCAAGCUACGUCGAGUGUCUCUUAUCCUGGUCCAGUGGUUUUCAUGCCUCAAAACCCCCCUACAACAGAUUCGGCCUCGGUGGUGGACGAGGAUGAUACGGAAUCCAUUGGUUCAGUUCCACGAAAUCCAUCGGACGCCUGGCAGUGCCUGACCGGUAUUGCGAAACGAGGUACCGACGGCACUAACUCAGAGCCACUUACAGAUCCCUUACAUUCGGUGUCUAGCGGCUUCGCAUCAUACAACACAUUUCAGAACGGCAAUGUGACAGACUUCCAAUCCAACAAUGGCAUCAAGGCGUACAGACUGGUGCAGGCGCGCUCCUUAGACCCGGGAACUGUAUGGCAAUUGGUGAACCGUUACGCCGAAAACUUCCAUCCAUACCUCCCUAUAGUACCACGGAAAUAUUUCGAUCGCAGUGCUCUGGAUUCAUUUGCCGCCAACGAAAAACAUCUGCUUACGGCUGUGCUCACAAUUGCUUCAAAGGAUUUGGUGGAACGACCGGAGAUUCAUGAAUAUUGCUCCAAGUACAUGCACGAGCUAAUUUCAGGCAUCGCCGCUGGUGUUGACUGCGAUGUUGAGGCUGUGGAGGCGCUACUUCUUCUGGCAGAAUGGGAGCCGCAGGGUCUACGGCCCCGUGUGGAGCGUGUUGGGCGGGGAGAGGAAGACCGAGCCGCCUGGAUGCAUGUCGGACUUGCCCUACGAUCUGGAUAUUUCCUUGGGCUGGAUCGAACCUCAUUCCGGGGCGACGCCUCAGGGGACGCUGAAACCGAAGCCCGCAGACGACUGGCCUGGACUAGUUGCUACAUUUCAGACCGACUGAUUUCUGUUCGUAUUGGACGUGCCUUUUGGUCGCGAGGACCAGGCCCGAUGACAGGCCUUGUCAGUCAGGAUUUCCCCUCGCUACAGCCUGUCCGGGCUGGGGAUGAGGAUUAUGCGAAGAUAUUUCAGGCGAUGCUGGAUCUGACUCAGCUUUAUGGAAAUGUCCACGACUUACUCUACUCGGGAAUGCGCACAAGUAAUCAGAUGAUGCUGAUGGGAGAUUACGUCAAAUAUGUGGAUGAUUUCCGCCUUGCGAUCUUACGCUGGAAGUCUAUCUGGGGCUCGUUGGCCUGUUCGCCCCCAAUGCAAGUAACGUUGCAGCUUUCAUACGAGUACUUGAGGCUGUAUACGAAUGCGUUCGCAUUCCAAGCAGCCAUAUCUCAGUCGUUGGUCUCGAAACUAAAGAGUGAUGACCAGUCGCAACGAGAGUAUUUACGAACCACUUUUAACAAUGUGGCCUCCAUGCAGGAUGCUCGAUUUAUUUACGAGUCCGUUGAUGCUGCCAGAGCUUACUUGACGAUUCUCGUUGACGUGGUUGACCCUGAGAAGCAUUUACAUUUCAUGCCACUCAGGUUUUAUUUAUACGGGAUCUAUGCCGCAGUAUUCUUAUAUAAGGCCCGUUCAUUCGGUGUCAUGCCACCUUCGGAAGAGAUGAAGGUGCGAGAUCUUGUCACACAGACUACCGAGGUUCUCAAACGAGCAAGUGCUGGACCGGAUGAUAUCGGAUCUCGCUAUUCAAAACUUCUUGAACUACUUUGGAAGCCCAAAACUGUAUCGAUAGCCUCACCUGCGGGGACCCAUCGGAGCAACGAUCUGCACAUGCCAAAUGCCCUAUCAAGCCGCAUGCCUGAGAGCAGUGGUGGUUACAUGCAUUUCAGCCCUGCAAAUGAUUUCUCGUGGUUAGAUCUCGAGGCAGUCGGAGAUUAUGUCUCUGGAGACCAAAUGCCUGGGGCAGGCACAUUGGGAUUCGACGCAUUCCAGAACUCUGACAUAUACCAAACGGGACAAGACCGUUCUCAGAUAUGGCAGGCAUCAUUGUGGUCAGGUGAUAUGGCCAACAAUCUUCUCUUCUAGAUUUUCACCAUCGAUUAUUUCCGCAUUAUCCUACAUGGACUGCCACGACUCCACGUGGGGGUACUGGAUACAAUGGAAAAAAGUACAGUCAUAAUUCCCAGUUAAAACUGGCUUUAACACAGUGCAAAUCUCCACUAAUGCUGCGCCCUGCGACGGCAAAUGAUUUGAAGCCUAUUAUUGUUUCUCC